CAUAUUAUCAACAAUUAUAUUCGAAGCGUCGAUGAAUUGUAGAUACAUAUUUAUAUAUAUCCUUGGCUCAUUUAAUUGCAAUAAUAUUCAUUAUAUUUUUUUAAUGUGGAACUUUUUUUUGUUGCUCAACAGGUGUUCGCUAAAUGUAAUAACUUGUGGAUGAAAGCGGGAAGACCAAAAUCUUCAGAAAUAAUGCGAGAGGAGUUAGGUAUUUUGCUUAGUUACCCAGUUGUCACCAGAUGGAAUUCUACUUAUGACUCCGUGCAGAAAAUUAUAUCUAGAGAGGAAAAGCUUUCUGUCAUAUGUACAAAAUUGGAACUUCCAGCAUUUACCGAAGAGGACAUGCUUUAUCUUAAGGAUUAUGCUUCUGCUAUGAAACCUUUCGCUGACGCACUCGAUUUUUUGCAAGGAGAAAAAGGAGUUUUUUAUGGGACGCUUAUUCCGACUUUGGUAACGAUCAAAACCAAAAUUGAUCGUAUUAUUAAUAAUGGCAAGGAAAACUACCUGAAGCAACAGCUAAUUUUUUUGCAAAGUCGAUUGUUUGAUAGGUUUGAGAAAUAUUUUACCUUAUCUUCGGAAAUCAAUGACGCAAUUGUGGCAGCCGUACUUCAUCCUGAAGUAAAACUUCAGUGGUUUGCUCCAAUUAGAGAUUUGACUAGGAAAUCUGUAGAUGAAGUUAAAAAACUUGUAAUUGACUACGUUGCAGACAACCAUGUAGUUGACUGUGAUGCUGCCGAAGACCUGAUUCUGUCAAGAAUAGGCUCUUUCUACGACUUUGGCGACGAACAAAAUAGUUUUGGUAGCAAAAAAUAAAUUAUGUAUACAUGCUUCUUA